AUGGCAGAAAUGGACCUGACCAAGGCAUGCCCACUUAUGAAUGGCAGUUGUGUGGGAAGUCAGGAAAGCAAAGCUGACAGCACAUGGAUCCUUCCCAACUUGCCCAGUAAGUGCACAUGGACAGCUGCAACGCCUGCCACCAAGUCUCCACACUCCUGUAUACCCUUGCCAGAAGAAACAAAGAUCUUGCCCAACAUCUUGAAGAAAAUUGGCUGCACCCCAAUGGUCCGAGUCAACAAGAUUGGGAAGUCCUAUGGGCUCAAGUGUGAGCUCCUGGCAAAAUGUGAGUACUUCAAUGCUGGGGGCAGUGUGAAGGACCGCAUCAGCCUGAGGAUGGUGGAAGAUGCAGAGAGAGCUGGAAUUAUAAAACCAGGAGACACACUGAUUGAACCCACUUCAGGAAAUACAGGAAUCGGGCUGGCACUGGUAGCUGCAGUGAAAGGUUACCGCUGCAUCAUUGUCUUGCCGGAGAAAAUGAGCAUGGAAAAGGUCGAUAUUCUGAAAGCACUGGGUGCUGAAAUUGUGAGGACCCCGUGCACCCGCUUCGAUGCUCCAGAGUCUAACAUUCGUGUUGCCUGGAAGCUGAAAAGUGAAAUCCCAAACUCUCACAUCCUGGACCAG